UGUUCGGAGAGCGAUGUGCUCCUGACACUUGCCACGAAGCGACUCUUGUGACCGUGCGUUCGACACCGGCCUGCUUCGUUUGGACGGGCGCAGGAGCACGCCGUACGCAAACAUGGCUCUGGCGACUGUAGCCCCGACCACCGAAGCUAUGGAGACCUGGAUCGAGAACCUCAACAACCUGGUGAUCGCCCUCAAACAGGGCUCUGAUCCCCGCGCAGCCACGUGCCGAGGCAAGCUGCAGUACCGGCGCUCCAAGAUCAACCACGAGAUCACCAAACAGAUGAUGAUGCGCAAUGCCGAGAAGCUCUUCAAGGCCACCACAAACAAGAAGCUGAGGGAGACUGUGGCCCUGGAGCUGAGUUUCCUGAACUCCAACCUGCAGCUACUCAAGGAGCAGCUGGCUGAGUUGAACAGUUCUGUGCAGAUCUACCAGAGCGAAAACCAGUCGCAGCUAGUGCCAAUGAUUCCACUGGGUCUGAAGGAGACCAAAGACAUUGACUUCAAGGAGCCGUUCAAGGAUUUCAUUAUGGAGCACUACAGUGAAGACAGCUCUGCGUACGAUGGUGCCAUUCAAGAGUUCAUGGACGUCAGACAGGCUGCUAGAACUCCAACAAGAGACCAGGCUGGUGUGCAGUUGCUGUACGAAUACUACAAUCUCUUGUACUUCGUCGACAGGCGUUUUUUUCCUCCAAACCGCAGCAUGGGCAUCUUCUUCGAGUGGUUUGACUCACUCACAGGAGUUCCAAGCACACAGAAGACUGUUGCUUUCGAGAAAGCCAGUGUCUUGUUCAACAUCGCAGCACUGUACACACAAAUUGGAGCAAAACAGGACCGAGGCAAGAGCGCAGGCAUCGAUUCUGCUGUGGACAGCUUCCUCAGAGCUGCUGGGAUGUUCUGCUAUAUCCGAGAGAACUUCAGCAAGCCUCCCAGCAUGGACCUCAGUGCUGAAACCUUGGAAGUGCUCACGCACAUCAUGCUGGCUCAAGCACGAGAGUGCCUGUUUGAGAAGCUUCUGUUGAGCAAUGUCGAGAAGCAGGGUGUCUUGGCGUGCAUUGAAGUUGGCCAGGAGGCUGCAGAGGUUGCCGAAGUUUAUGCGCAGGUUCACAAGCUAAUAUCGAUGCCACCUGUGAAGGACUAUGUGCCCUACUCAUGGAUCAGCCUAAUCCUCGUUAAGGCGGAACACUAUCGUGCUCUGGCACAUUAUUACAUUGCAGUCGGCUUGCUAGAACAUGUCGGUGAACUGGACGAAGUUGUACGGAGGUCGAUGGAGUUCCUCCACGUCCAAGAGCAGAGUGGAUCCACCUGCAUCGACAUCAGGGUCCCCCAGACACUGGAGGAGCGCAGACUGCUGGGGAAGGCGCACCUGCGGGAAGCCCUGCUCCUGCACGAGGAGGCCCUGCGGCUGCACCGUAUGUGCCGGCAGUUGCGCCAGGUGGACAACCUGCUUGGGCGGCUCAGGGCGGACCACGACGUGGCACUUCAGCGCUAUUCCGACCUCGAGGAGGAGGACGAUUUCCAGGAGGUGCUGGACCCCCCUCAGAUCCAGGCUUCAACGAAGUACCAGCUCACGCUCACUUCUCCAGACUUCACACAGUACAAAGUCAAGGACUUGUUUCAUGGAUUGGGACCCAUCAGCAUCUUUUCAGCACGGCAUCACUGGUCAGCUUCCAGAGCAGUCCACCUCACCAAGAAGGGCAAGGAAAGCUUUGGCUUCAGUGUACGAGGCGACUCUCCAGUCAUAGUUGCAGGAGUGGAGUCUUGCAGCUUGGCAGAGUUGGCAGGUGUCAAGGAAGGCGAUUUCAUCGUUGCCAUCGGCGACCUCGACACAAAGUGGUCGACGCACGAAGAAGUGGUUCAGCUCAUCCGCAAGGCGGGCGACGAACUGACGCUGCGCGUCAUCACCCCUAUGGACCGAAGCUACCUGCGUCAAAGUCCAGCGUCAUCCACCACGUCUUCAUCGGGAGUAAGCUCGAGCGGAUCGAGCCGGGUGCAGAGCCCUAACGGGUCCAUUGCGAGCAACAAGAGCAAGGACAGCCACAAGAGGCUCACGUGGAACUUCUUCAGGCGAGGCACCUCCAAGGAGAGGAGGGAAGCUGGCUACGACGCCAACAUAUUGCUGCGCUGAUGCCUCUGGGCUUGAAGGACGCUCGUACAGCUGUUGGACCGAUCGUGAAGAAUGUGGGGGUCAAAGGAGCAGGAGUCUGUUAAGUCGACGCAGAUGCAAUGUGACAAUGCGAGAGGUUCCCUACAAGCGAGCGUGCGUGUGUGUAUAGUGACACCAGAGCGAAACAAACUUGUGUGGAACCGACUCGUGCGAGACUGGCAAAGGAGGUGGAGGCUGACGUUCACAUCGAUGCUGGCGUGUGGGAUGAAAAUGCGAUUGCAAAGUGAGGCUAUGUAUCGGCGCUCAACUUCCUUAAGUUCCUUAAGAAAGCUAGAGUGAAUGCACUGUAAAGCGUUGCUCAAAGCAUAGGCACGUGUCAAUGUGAGCCCCCUAGAAACCACAGAUGCCAGUGCAUACUACGUUGGCAAAGUGCCGUCCAAAAGUCACCCGGGUUCAGUAGAAUCUCGUAUCACUUAGCGGUGCACUUGGGUAUAACUUGCAGGCAAAGUCUAAGAAAGCCUUCUGUCAAUGGCAGCGUGUAGGUGCUCCAGUCCGUUGGUGUAUUUUUACUUCUGUGACCGGCCCGAAGACAUCUCGCCAGUGCAAGUGUAUGGAUUUGGUGGUUUUCCUUCGUGCUCUGCUCACUGCGUCUUGUGACCGGACGUAGCUAGCGUGUGGAGUGCGAUUCUUAUGCUAUACUGGAAAGUGUGAAGCUAAGCUUCAGUACAUGCUGUUUGUUAUGUUUGUUUACUUGUUACACGAUGACUGCUGCAUUCCCUGUUGGUGUGUGUGCUAUUUCAGAGGCUCCUGGGAUAGCGUCUACCCGCAGCUAUGCUGUGGCGCAGUGAUGUAAAGAGUCUUGCCGCUUUUGCAGUGCUUAGAAAUUCUAAUUGGAGAUUCUUUCGGAGUUCAUAUAAAAAACAAUGCUAAAGGUAAAAGUACAAGAUGCUGCACCAGAGCAGAAGGCCAAAUGGGUUAAUAUUUUACAGCGGAGCUGUUAAGGGCUAGUUUCCCCAGUAUCGUGUCCGCGGACCAGCAGCGUGUCGACACUAAACUCCAGACAGCUACCGGCGUCUAUGAGCGACGGCGGCAACCAGACAACCAGCUGGUUGCCGCAGUGAGCGACUGCGGCCUUUCCAGCCUUUCCACUCUGGUUUUCACCAAAGUGGAAAUGCUGAAUUUCUCUAGGCGUCGUUCUAAAAAUCAUCCUCGGGGACGACCCCUAGAGGACGACGUCCUCUAGGCGUCGUCCUAGAAGUCAUCCUUGAGGUCGUUCUUGAGGUCAUCUUAGUAGUCGUCUUCGAGGUCGUCCUAGAAGUGAUCUUUGAGGUUGUCCUCGAGAUCGUCCUCGAGGUCAUCCAGAAGUCGUCCUAAAUGUCGUCCUAGACAUCGUCGUCUAGGCGUCGUUCUUGAGGUCGUCCUCUAGGCAUCAUCCUAGACGUCGUAAAGAUAACAGCUUCGCUGGUCUUCUUCACCAGAGUGGAAAAACUGAAAGUUUUUUUACAUUGAACUUGGCUGGCUUUAUAACUUGGAUGCGACAUUAGUUUGUGUAUUCGGGUAUUUUUCAUGCAGCUAGUAUUUCAGUCUGUAUCUAGGAGAUACAUAUCUAACAUAUAUUUAAAACUUGCUGAAGACAAAAUGGAGGAAAUGCAUUUGUGAAGCUCAUUCAAAUUUCACUUGCGCUUGUCUUUGUUAUUUCAAGUAACCUCCUUGUGUAUUCAAUCGGUACACCUUUGAGUACUUACAAAAACACGAUUGAACUGGGUCUACAGAGAACUCCAGCUUUAAAGUAAAGCAUUUUUUUUUUUGCGUGUGUGUGUGUGCAAUAUUUAUAAAAAUGCAACUGCAGCUAUACUUCUGCGAGAUACUAAAUCGACUAUCAGCAUUCACAUAUUUUUGGCCAAGCACAGAAAUAGUUUUAUUGUGUACAUAUGUACAUACACAGAACAGCCGACUGCAUACUCUUUUGUGGUAAAGAAAGUGUUGUGGCACAUACUCUUGUAAUGCCACUUGAGAAAGCUGCAUCAUUUUAUUUAAUGACGAUGUCUGCAAGCAGAAUACAUUAAACAAGCAAAAACGUG